UUGCUUUACAUCUGAUUAAUAAAAAUUAAUUAACAAACUGGUUUGGUGACCCUCCUACAGUAUAAAGUAGAUACACAGCCAGUCUCGGUACUUAGUGGCCACAGGAAAGAAUCAUGAACUGGUUCCAUUUAAUAAGAACUCUGCUCCUGCUGAACUUGGGGAUCUAUGGAUUUGCUCAAGAUGAAAACUCCAAUGAGCCAACCAGGGCCUGUGGAAAACCUGUGAUAGUCAACAGCCGCAUUGUUGGAGGGCAGAAUACUAAAAAGGGACAGAAUCCCUGGCAAGUGAUCUUGUGGAUUCCUGGUGAAGGACAAUGUGGUGGAACCCUCAUCAGCAGCAAUUUUGUUUUGACUGCAGCCCAUUGUGUGGAAAGGGUAAAUGCCUCCUCUGUUAUUGUCAUCCUUGGAGCCCAUAAAAUAACUGGAAACCACAAGGAGGAAGUUUCUGUUCCAGUGAAAAGGAUCAUUAAACAUCAUCUCUACAAUGAGAAAGCUUACACUUUUGACAUUGCCCUUCUAGAGCUUUCACGACAUGUGCCCUUCACAGACUUUAUCCUUCCAGCCUGUCUGCCAACAUCUCCCACUGAAUUUCUGCCUGGGCACAGUUGUAUGGUGACUGGCUGGGGAGACACUGAGUUUAAUAGUACCAAGCCAAGCCCUGAUCUUCUACAAGAGGCAGAAGUGCGUUUGAUGGGUUUAGAGCACUGUAGGGAAAUAUAUCUUUUGGCAUCAAAUGACAGUGACAGUGGCAUAACAGAUGAUAUGAUAUGUGCAAUGAAUAUCCAUAAAGGAAAAGAUUCCUGCCAGGGUGAUAGUGGGGGACCCCUGAUUUGUUAUGAGAAUGAUCGCUGGUACUUGGUCGGAAUAGCAAGUUUUGGAGAAGGUUGUGGAGGAGACUUUCCUGGAGUUUACAGUUCUAUCCCUGCCCAUAUGGAAUGGAUUCGCUCAUUUAUCCCUGAUGUCUCCAGUGGCUCAGAAAGGAUUGGAUCAACCCCUGGGGCGGGGCUUAUGGUUUUAGCCUUGAUUUACUUCAUCCAGGAACUGCUGCCUGGUUGGGAUAUUGAGUUUUGGAAUUGACUGUGGACAAGACUUUCCUGGAGUUUACACUUCUGUGUCUGCCAUUGUGCACUGGAUUCAUUCAUGUAUCCCUGCUGCCUGCAGUGUACCCUCCUGAAUGACAGAUACAAUAAUCUUGCAGUUUAUGUGGGUUAAUGCAUUGGUGGUAAUUAUAGCUUUUAUUUAUGAAACAUAGACUUCAAAAUCCCACUCUAGAAUUUUUUCUCAUAAAUUAACCUAUUUUGGAAAUACAACUAAUUAUAUUUGUGCUUUUCUUAACACCCGCUCUUUAACUAACAAAUCCACAUUAAUCCAUGAUCAUUUUUGCUCUAAUUCACUUAGUCUUCUUACACUAACAGAAACCUGACUGUCACAGAAUGAUACCGCCAUUGAGGCUGCACUCUCUCAUCAGUCUAUCUUUCUCUCACACCCCCCGAACCAUUGGACAUGUGGGGGAUUUGGAAUUCUCCUCUCCUCUCGCUGUCGGUCCAAACCUAUUCCUAUUCCUCCAGCCUUCUCAUUUAACUCUUUUGAGGUGCAUGGCAUUCACAUAUUCCACCCUCUCUCUGUGCGUGUAGCUGUCAUUUACAGACCCCCAUCAGCAUCCUCCUCUGCUGCCUUCCUUUCUGACUUUGACACCUGCCUUUCUUUCUUCCUCUGCACUGACAGCCCUGCAAUCAUU